GCUGCGCCCACGUUACCGCUCUCCUUGCCGCACGCCGCCGCCGUUCUUCGGCGGGGACCCACGGGCGGGGAGCCAGAGUCCGUUCCUAAACUUCUUCGCGGGACUUUGAGCAACUUCAGACCGCGGAAAGUGCAGCCCGGCACCGCUGAGGCGCGGGCCCGAGCUGUGGCGUGGCACCUCUCCCGGUCGGAGCAGAUGGAUUGAAAAUCAUCUGGAGAAGAAGCACACAUUUUGCAUGUGAAGCUGUUUGCUUCAGAAUUAAAUGAAUUCUAUGUCUUGAGUGAACACAUUUCUACAUAAUUUCAUUUAGACCACUAAAUACAGACCAUGCCUAGCAGAAUGGGCUCAAAAAUGGAUUUGAACAAAGACUUCAUCAGAGUGAAAACACACUAUAGCGGGGACAUCCUGAUAACAAACUUGGAUGUAUCAAUGAGCUAUGAUGAACUUUGUGAUGAAGUACAUGAGAUGUGUAAUUUACAGCAGGAACAGCCAAUUACCCUCAAGUGGAUUGAUGAUGAAGGUGACCCAUGUACCAUCUCAUCUCAGAUGGAGCUAGAAGAAGCAUUCCGUUUGUAUUGUCAGAACAGAGAUGAAGGGCUGAUUAUUCAUGUUUUCCCAAGUAUUCCAGAGAAACCUGGCAUGCCUUGUCCAGGAGAAGACAAGUCAAUCUACCGCCGUGGAGCCAGAAGAUGGAGGAAGCUGUACCGAGUGAAUGGGCAUUUGUUUCAAGCCAAACGUUUUAACAGAAGAGCGUACUGUGGCCAGUGCAGUGAAAGGAUAUGGGGUCUGGGAAGGCAAGGCUACAAGUGUAUCAACUGCAAGUUGUUGGUCCAUAAGCGUUGCCAUAUACUUGUUCCACUGACCUGCAAAAGGCAUAUGGAUUCGGUCAUGCCUUCCCAGGAACCUCAGUUAGAUGAUAAAAAUGAUGAUGUUGGCCUCCCUUCAGAAGAAACUGAUGGAAUUCCCUACAUUCCUUCAAACCGGAAACAUGACAACAUUAAAGAUGACUCUGAGGAAAUCAAACCAGUCAUUGAUGGAAUGGAUGGAAUUAAGAUUUCUCAGGGACUUGGACUACAGGACUUUGAUUUAAUCAGAGUUAUUGGACGCGGAAGUUAUGCCAAAGUUCUUUUAGUUCGGUUAAAAAAGAAUGAUCAAAUUUAUGCUAUGAAAGUAGUGAAAAAAGAAUUGGUCCAUGAUGAUGAGGAUAUUGAUUGGGUACAGACAGAGAAACAUGUGUUUGAACAGGCAUCCAGUAACCCAUUCCUAGUUGGUUUACAUUCAUGCUUUCAAACAACAAGUCGAUUGUUUCUUGUCAUAGAGUAUGUAAACGGGGGAGAUCUUAUGUUUCAUAUGCAACGGCAAAGGAAGCUUCCUGAAGAACACGCAAGGUUUUAUGCUGCUGAAAUUUGUAUUGCUCUAAACUUCCUCCAUGAAAGAGGCAUAAUCUACAGAGAUUUAAAACUAGAUAAUGUUCUUCUAGAUGCAGAGGGUCACAUCAAAUUAACAGAUUAUGGCAUGUGCAAGGAAGGUUUGGGCCCUGGUGACACUACAAGCACUUUCUGUGGGACACCAAAUUACAUUGCACCAGAGAUCCUCAGAGGAGAAGAAUAUGGGUUCAGCGUGGACUGGUGGGCUCUCGGCGUGUUGAUGUUUGAAAUGAUGGCAGGAAGGUCUCCGUUUGAUAUUAUUACUGACAAUCCAGACAUGAACACUGAAGAUUACCUCUUCCAAGUUAUUCUCGAGAAGCCAAUCCGGAUUCCAAGGUUUCUUUCUGUCAAGGCUUCCCACGUGUUAAAAGGGUUUUUAAACAAGGAUCCCAAAGAAAGGCUUGGUUGCCAGCCACAGACAGGAUUUUCUGAUAUCAAGUCUCAUACGUUUUUCCGCAGCAUAGACUGGGAUAUGCUGGAGAAGAAGCAAACCACCCCCCCGUUCCAGCCUCAGAUCACAGAUGAUUACGGUCUGGAUAACUUUGACACACAGUUCACCAGCGAGCCUGUGCAGCUAACCCCAGAUGAUGAAGAUAUAAUAAAGCGAAUAGAUCAGUCAGAGUUUGAAGGAUUUGAAUACAUUAAUCCGUUGUUGCUGUCAACAGAAGAAACGGUAUGAAGGAACAACAUCUUCGUUGUGAACAGUGUGAAUGAACUUUAAAUUUACCCUUAACCACAGUAUAUGCAUGCGAGGCUGGAGAACUGUACAUUUUGGAUGGAGACGAAUGAUUUAAAAACAAACAAACAAAAAAAAAACCCAACAAAUUGCUGCUGAAAAUCAAAGAAGAGAACAAUGAUUUUGGUGGGUGUCUUCUGCCACUUGAUGAUUCUUAAGUUCUGGGCACUGACACAACUGGCCUCAUUAAUGAAGGAAUUUGCAUUUUGUGCCUGUUUCAUGAAGGAUUGAGACGUUCAUUGCAUCCCUGGAAAAGGAGAUUCUGCAAAACUUUGAGACCCACACACUUCCUACAAAUGCUUGAUGCAAUGAGCUACCGAUUGAAGAGUAUUACAGUGUAACAUCCUGAAGAAUAAAAUACAUUACAGUGGUGUUGAAGCUUAUUUUUGAUGCCUUUUUUCACAAGUGGUACCUGUCUAAACAUCUUAGAUAUAUUUAAAAGGAGUUGUGUUUUAUUAGCAAUCAAAACAUAAAUUUGGGUACAAGAUUUAAGUGCCUAAAUGGGUAAAUGGCAUUGAAGAAUUAUUAUGUAUCUGGAACAUUCUUAAACCUGGUAAGUUCUGCUCAUUAAUAUUAAGUGACUAUUAAUGUGUGAACAGAACAAUUCUCAGCUGCAGCUGAGCAGGUGUUUGUUGGCACCUUUAUUGGAUUUGAAAUGCAGAGUGACUCAGCUAUAUUAAUUCCAAAUUAGAAUUUGCAGAUUUCUGAAUCUGUCGUCUUAGAACUCCAAAUUUACCAAAAUGUUUCAAUUGAAGAAAACUAAAUUUGCACACAAAGGAGUUAGGAAAAGACUUAAGCAGUGCCUACACCUACAGUUGUAUAUUAGAUUUUUGAAAAGUAUUUUUAUCAGCCAUACAGAUAUUCAGAAAUAGAACAAAAGUGUAACUAAAGCAUAGCCUUAAAGUCUAAGUAGUAAAUCUAGAAUAACCAGAAUCUAGAAUACACUUUCCUGAUAAAGCACACCUCCUACUUCUGAUAAAAUGUCUGCUUCCAGUUACUCAGUGUUUAUUAAUAAGUAAUCGUUCUAAUUCAGAAAAUGGGAAGGUUUGGUAAAAUGAUUUGCAUUAAAGUAGUAAUUUUUUUUUAUGGAUGGAAAAUGAAUAUUGUAAGAAAUUGGAUAAAGCAAAAGCUCUAUCAAAUCCCUUCUCAUGGGAAGUUGGGGGGCGUUGGGGGCAAGGAAGGGCUGGUUUACAUCAAAGUCUAUCAGCUUGGAGAAGCUCACCUCACUAUGUUUGAGAUUAGGGAGUGUAUGUUGCUAUCUGGAGCUUCGGGAGCUGUGAAGAUGUACCUGCCUCUGGGAGCACCAGUUGCUUCUUGCUAGCUCUGAGGGUAUGGGCUGUAGAGAUGGGGGGGGAAUUAUGUGGGAAGGAAAAAAGAAACCCUAAGCCCCUGUGCUCAUCUCACCUGAUGUGGUGUAAGCUGCAGCAUGACUUGCAACACUUCGGCUUGCUUUCCAUUCACAUCUGGUUUUCUCAGGGUACAGCAUUGCAUUAGGUGCUGAACAUGACAUCUUUUGGAUUCACAUCCAGGUCAUGAGGUGCUAGGACAAGACUGCCAAAACAUUGUUUCAAAUUGUCAAUGAAUUGCCGAUUAACAAUCUGUGCUUGUAUCCCCUCCUUCCCCAGGAGUACACAGCCCGUGCUGGUUGUGUUGAUCCCAUUCAGGUUUCAGCUGUGGGUUUCUCUGUUGGACUGUACCUUUUCAUAUUCAGAAAAAUGUGUUUUAAUCAGCACUAAAUAAUUUAACUGGUAAGAAGUACUUGCCUCAAAUGCCUGGACUUGAGAUACUUUAUCUACUAAAGGAAACAUUUACGUUUUAAAUGUAAUCUGACAGUUUAUAAUCACUCCUCUCCCCCUCCUCCACCUCCCCCAUUUCUUGCUGGUAAUUUAUUUAUCCUGAAUAAUUUUUUGGGUGUUUUCAAUUCCCCUGGUAAUAAAAUGAACCAGUAGUUACUGGAGUGACUGCAGGCAGCUCCUGCCUGGGACCAUGACAGAUCAGCUGUCCUGUGACACAAACAGGGCAGAGAACAUCAAAAUGGAAAUAUUAAGAACGUGGGUUGGGUGGUUUUUUAACUUUUUUUUCUAGGUUUUGGAACAUUUGGGGAGGGAGGGAAGGAAGAACACGAAGACACAUUUGCUAAACAAACAUUGUAAAGACUACUUGAUUUUAUUUCAAAGAUUUACAGGCAUUUACAAUGUUGCUGUGUUGCCAAAUAGUUUGCUGGAUCCAAGUUUGGUUGCUCAUGUGCAAGUGUUUGAAUAAUGUUCUGUUCCUGAUGAAGGGGAAAUUUUUUAUAUAAAGUACUUGUUUUAUAAAUAAAGAAAAUGAAGGAUGUAAUUAAAUGUGUGGUUUGGAAAAAUAAAUCCUAAUAUAUUACAAAUGGA